ACGAGGAUGAGCAUGAGGAAGUGGAGAAAGAGGAGGUACCAGCUACACCGGGACUGGCUCACUCCUUGUUUCCUUCACACAUCGCUCUCACUAACGUGGCGCUCGUAGUGGAUGGGAAGAAACUACAUGCGAGUGAAGCUCUGCUCUGUCUCACCUCCCCUGCCUUCCUUAAAAUGUUUGAAGGGGACUUUAAGGAUAAAACAGAGGUUCCCAUCGCGGACGAUACGUAUGCGGACUUUGUUGAAUUCCUGUUGUGUGUUCCCCCGUUCAACUGUAAACCGGUCCAACGGGAAACACUUGACGUUGUUCUGGCUCUCGCUGACGAAUACGAGGUCGAGUCUCUCAAGCAGCGGUGUGAGCAGUUUGUUCUCACAAGUUCAAGAUGA